CUAAAUUGGACGGUUCAUUCACGGCACCGCGCACAGCGUCCCCUCCGCGUCACGUUCACACAGAGCAGAGCACCGUCUUACGUCCAUCUGGUAAAACCAUGGCACGAUAGCCAGAAUGCUGCAUGUGCCCAGCCGUCGCCAACAAACAUCCACCUGAGCGCCUCACAAUUCCUGCUGCGGAUCGACCCGUCGCGCAACACAGCGUUUCACCGGGUCACGCAAUUUGUGGCCUUACUUGCUGUUGCUAGAACUACACCGCGUUCGGACUGUAUGCAAACGCGUGCUGCUGAAUCGGUGACCAGCGACAGCGCUUCAGCCUCCGACGCAGCUCCCACGCUCGCCAUUGGGCAGAGCCGCGGAUCAUGAAGACUGUCAUUCAACGUGUCAAGUCAGCUUCCGUGACCGUAGAUGGACAGCGAGUCUCCGAGAUUGGAAGGGGAAUUCUGAUUCUGGCUGGCAUCGGCAAAGAUGAUACCCCCAAGGAGGCUGAAUCAAUGGCCGCCAAGAUCCUGAAAGUCAAAUUGUGGGACGACGAUGCGGGUGGCAAAUGGAAGAAAAACGUUCAAGAAAUAGAUGGCGAAGUCCUUUGUGUCUCCCAAUUCACUCUGUACGCAACGACAAAGAAAGGCAACAAACCAGAUUUCCACAAGUCUGCUCCGGCAGCAAAAGCCAAGGAGCUGUACGAUACUUUCUUUGGCCAGGUUCGAAAGCUGUAUCGGGAAGAUCGUGUCAAGGACGGCGUAUUCCAGGCUAUGAUGGACGUAGGACUCGUCAACGACGGACCGGUGACGAUCGAGAUCGAGACGAACCCACCAGAGAUGAAGAAUGCCUCCGGUCUCCAAGAUCCACAAGAGGGCGAGGCCUUUCAAGGCAAGAUGAAGCGAACAUUCGAGUAUCCUGCUUCACUAUUGGAGUGA